GCGGAAAGUGGCUGUUGCAGUGGCGUUGGCAGGCUCGAGGACCAGCCGCUGCAGUAACAGAACGAUGCCUACCGUGGAGGAGUUGUACCGUAAUUACGGCAUCUUGGCCGACGCCAAGGAGACCGCGGGGCAGCACAAAGAUGCAUACCAAGUGAUCUUGGAUGGUGUCAAGGGUGGUGCCAAGGAGAAGAGACUCGCUGCACAGUUCAUUCCAAAGUUCUUUAAACAUUUUCCUGAGCUGGCAGAUUCAGCUAUCAAUGCCCAGUUGGACCUUUGCGAGGACGAAGAUGUUUCUAUCCGGCGCCAAGCAAUCAAGGAAUUACCUCAGUUUGCUACAGGAGACAAUCUUCCCAGAGUGGCAGACAUACUCACUCAACUUCUACAGUCAGAUGAUUCUGCAGAAUUUAAUUUGGUCAAUAAUGCAUUGCUGAGCAUAUUUAAGAUGGAUGCUAAAGGAACAUUGGGUGGCUUAUUCAGUCAGAUUCUUCAGGGAGAGGAUAUUGUGCGUGAGCGAGCUAUCAAAUUUCUCUCCACAAAACUCAAAACAUUACCUGAGGAGGUGCUAACAAAAGAAAUAGAAGAGUUCAUAUUAACUGAAUCAAAGAAAGUACUUGAGGAUGUGACAGGUGAGGAAUUUGUGUUGUUUAUGAAGAUUCUAUCUGGCUUAAAAAGUUUGCAAACAGUGAGUGGAAGACAGCAGCUUGUUGAACUGGUGGCUGAACAAGCUGAUCUGGAACAGACUUUCAAUCCAUCUGAUCCAGACUGCGUGGAUAGAUUGUUGCAGUGUACUCGUCAAGCAGUCCCACUUUUCUCUAAAAAUGUUCACUCCACAAGAUUUGUCACUUACUUCUGUGAGCAUGUACUGCCAAAUUUGAGUUCCCUGACCACUCCAGUUGAAGGCCUUGAUAUCCAGUUAGAGGUACUGAAACUGCUUGCUGAGAUGAGUUCCUUCUGUGGAGAUAUGGAAAAACUUGAAUCAAAUUUAAAGAAGCUUUUCGAUAAAUUACUGGAAUAUAUGCCACUUCCUCCAGAAGAAGCAGAGAAUGGAGAAAAUGCUGGCAGUGAAGAGCCCAAGCUGCAGUUCAGUUACGUGGAGUGUUUGCUAUAUAGUUUUCAUCAGUUAGGCCGUAAACUUCCAGACUUCCUGACUGCCAAGCUGAACACAGAGAAAGUGAAAGACUUCAAAAUCAGACUACAGUAUUUUGCUCGAGGUCUGCAGGUUUAUAUUCGACAGCUUCGUUUGGCGCUCCAAGGCAAAACAGGGGAAGCAUUAAAAACAGAAGAGAAUAAAAUUAAAGUGGUUGCGCUGAAAAUUACAAAUAACAUCAAUGUGUUGAUCAAGGAUCUCUUCCACAUUCCUCCUUCAUACAAGAGCACAGUUACACUUUCUUGGAAGCCCGUGCAAAAGUCUGAUGCUGGACAAAAAAGAGCUGGUGAAGAUACAGCUUCAGAUUUACCAGUGAAGAAAGCUCCAGCAGGACCAAAAAGGGAUGCCAGACAGAUAUACAACCCACCCAGUGGGAAAUACAGUAGUAACCUGGGCAACUUUUCUUAUGAACAGAGAGGUGGCUUUCGUGGUGGUCGAGGAAGAGGAUGGGGUGGACGUGGUAAUCGCAGUCGUGGGAGAAUUUACUGAAAGUGGCAUUUCCCAUAACUAAAACAUCUUUAAAGUUUGAAGGAUUGACUGAAGCGCUGCAUAGGUUGAUGGACUGCCUUCUGCAAGAGACUGAUUUAAAUGUUCUUAUACCUUUGUAUGUAUGAUCUACUUUUCUAACGGACUACAAACUCAUCCACAGUGAAGCUACAACUGUAUUUUUGGAUGCUUAGCAAGCUGGUGUUUUUAGUUGUUUUUUUCCUUAAGCAUCUUCCUGAUCUGUUCAAGAAAAAGCAUGGGUAUUCCAACUGAAGCUACUUCGGUAUAGAUGUUACAUUCACAAGCAUGGGUAAUAUACAGUGGACUAUAGUGUAAAGUACAUUCACAUGCUAAAUAAUGGAUGGAAAUGUCAUACCUGAAGUUGGUAGCAAAUUUUCUUCUGAUAAAAUUUAUUUUUUGCAAUAAGUGGGGAAGUGAUGUUGCAAAGAAAGUAGUACAAGCUGCCAGUGGUGGCAUUGAUUAUUGAUAGAAAUCCUUCAUUUUUAAAGCGUGCAGCGUGGUUUCGGAUGACUGUGCUGUUAUCAAAAGUCAGUCUAUUUACUUUUAUGGAGAAUGUGGUGUUUACUUGAACGUAUCUUGCUCUUCUCCAGAUAGUAUGUGUGUUUUGCAAAUGGCAUUUUUAAUGUUCUCUAUAAGUGUGCAUAUAUAUAUGUAUAAUAUAUGCAUACGCCAUAAAGUUCUACAGAAAAAUGAUAAAAUUGCUAGAAACUCUACCCCCAAAGUGGCAAAUGUGGCAGAUGUGAUGUGAUGGCAAUUAUUCCAAGGUCUGGGGAAGAGUAGUACUCUUUUCUGUGAACUGAGAAUUUAAAUUGCCUUGCCUUUAGAAGUAGUUUUGACUUUUUAAUAGUUAAAUAGCCAUGUUAAAAAUGUUAAACACAGCAUAUUAGAUUACCAUAAUAUUCCAGCUAUUCAGUUGCACUUGAAUGGAAAUUUAGAUAAUCGUUAUGUAACGAGGACCCUUAUUCUAAUGCUAGAAGCCCUUAAACUAUAUUAAAGAGAAAAUGAAGUAUCAAACUUUUUUUUUUAGCUUUCACCACUCUCGUUUCUUGGGUCACUUUGUGAAGAGCAAGGAUCAUAAAAUGUAAAUGUCAAUAACAGGGAAAACUCUUAAUGCAACACGGAUAUUUAAAGUGCCCCAUGUUCAUGCUUUGUUUGGAUGACUGCAAGCUGCCCCAUUUCCCUCCAGCAUUUUUGUAUCUAUACUGCAAACCAAACACCCAUAUGUAAAUGUAUUCCCAAGAGGUUUCAUGUGUAUUUGUGAGCAAAUUGGACACACACGUCUUCAUAAUCACUCUUCAUUUUUACAAUAUUGUUUCCUAUACCUAGCACAAGGUUUUCUGGUCAAAGUAUUUAGGAAGGCCAGAACAAAAAAAGUUCAAGUUCAAAAAAAAGGAAGAGGUUGACUCCCCAGUUGCUCAUGACGACAGGUGAUUUUUAAAUUACCUGAUAUCAAGUAUGUGAAGAAACAGAGAAGCUCUAACCAAAUGAAAGUAUCUAUGAGUUUCUCUACACAAGACAUCUGGCAUGUGUUUUUCAAGUGUCAGGUGACACAACGUUUCCUGGGAAUUGUAGUUUUUCAAAGAAUCGUUUGGGAUCGCUGUGGAGAGAAAGUUCAAAAAUACAAGCAAAAGUAGGUUAGAGGCAUUUUCAUAGUGUAGUUUAUGAGCGCAAGCCUUUAGUCCCUCCCCCCCACCACCACUCUGGAUAGAAUCUGCCAGGUCUUAAAACAAAAUUUUUCAAAAGAUCCCUGGGGGAGAGGAACUUUGCAAUUCCACCUAGAGUGUGGAGGGGUGCGGGGGAGAGAAUUGCAAAGUUCGUCUCUUUUAGAAAUGUUUUGAAAAUGUUUAAGACCUGGCAAAUUCCACCCAGAGUGAGGAUGGAAGGGAGACUAAAGGUUUGCACACUAGAAAAAUGCUUCUAACCUAAUUUUGCUUGUAUUUUCAAUCUUCCUCUCCGCAGUGAUCCCAAGCGACUCUCUUAAAACUACAGUUCCUAGGAAACAUUUUCAUCACCCUAUACUUGAAGAACAGGUGACCGAUGUCUUGUAUAGAGAUUCUACGUCUCAUUAUUUCUCUAGAAACUGGCCAGUUUUAAAUACAGAUUGAUAGUUGGUCAAGAUGGAUUUUUACAUACUGUCUCUCACUUUGGUAUGUUGCAUAUUUUGGCAAUUAUGGCAACUUGUGGCUUUUCUAAGAAUUUCAAAGACUAAUUUUUUAAGAAUGAGUAAUCAUUGCACGUAGCUUUGUGGAUUUUUUUGUUUGGCUGGACCCUCAGGUUUGAAUAACAAGAUGAUUUCAGAUUUUUUCCAUCCAGAGAUAAUGUGCAGAUUGUCCUUAGAAAUAGCUAGUGUUCUUCGCAUUGCAGAUGCAGUGAAUUCGUUAGGUGAUUUCCAUUAAGCCAGUUCAUUUUCUUUGUAAAAAUUUCCUUUAUGCCUUUCCAAUAAAUCCAUUUUGUAAUUUUGUUA